UGCAUAUUUCAGCCUUGCACUACAUAAGCCACCGCGGAUGUUUACGACGCGCGGCUGACUCAACGUGCUCCAGAGCCCCCGCGGGGACAAACGCUCAGUUUGCUCCUCGGCGACGGAGACUUUUUGCCAUUUGGAAUAGAAUAUGCGCGUUCGGCACGACAGGCGCAUUUGACGGAUUUUAUUUUCUUUUUUUUUAAUUAUUUGUGGCGCGGGAGGGUGGAGGCUUUUCCUGUCCGUCCUUCCGCGUGUGCGUCUGCGCGCCUUACAGGUUGUCGACAGCGCCCAAAAAGCGCGUCGACUCGCGUUGCUUAUUUGGCGGAAGACCUGCUCGGGGCAAACGUGGGAAGCCCCGGAGGGAGCCCAAGUGGGAAGACGCGCAAUCUCUGCCGACAUGUCGGACGGUCCCAGACAGCGGGGCGCUUCUUCCAAGGAUGCUGCCGGUGAGGAGUCCGGCGACGGAGGAGGAGGAGGAGUCGCACUCAAGAAAGAAAUCGGCCUUGUCAGCGCCUGCGGUAUCAUAGUUGGUAACAUUAUUGGAUCUGGAAUUUUUGUCAGUCCGAAGGGCGUGAUGGAGAACGCCAGCUCUGUGGGCGUAGCCCUCGUCGUGUGGAUCAUCACGGGCAUCAUCACGGCCAUCGGGGCACUGUGCUACGCCGAGCUCGGCGUCACUAUCCCCAAGUCGGGGGGCGACUACUCCUAUGUGAAGGACAUUUUCGGAGGAUUGGCUGGGUUCCUGCGUCUGUGGAUUGCCGUGCUGGUCAUCUACCCGACCAACCAGGCCGUGAUCGCGCUGACCUUCUCCAACUACGUCCUGCAGCCCCUCUUCCCCACCUGCUUACCGCCGGACAACGGGCUGCGCCUGCUCGCUGCAGUUUGCCUCCUGCUGUUGACGUGGGUGAACUGCUCCAGCGUGCGAUGGGCAACCAGGGUGCAGGACAUCUUCACGGCGGGGAAGCUGCUGGCCUUGGCCCUCAUCAUCAUCAUGGGCAUCGUACAGAUUUGCAAAGGAGAGUACUACUGGUUGGAGCCGGCCAACGCCUUCGAGCCCUUCCAGGACUAUGACGUGGGAUUGAUAGCCUUGUCCUUCCUCCAAGGCUCCUUCGCCUACGGGGGAUGGAACUUCCUCAACUAUGUCACAGAGGAGCUGGUGGAUCCUUACGUGAACCUCCCCCGCGCCAUCUUCAUCUCCAUCCCACUGGUGACUUUUGUCUACGUCUUCGCCAACAUCGCCUACGUCACGGCCAUGAGUCCACAGGAGCUGCUGGCCUCCAACGCCGUGGCUGUGACAUUUGGAGAGAAGCUUCUGGGUGUGAUGUCGUGGAUCAUGCCCAUCUCCGUCGCCCUGUCUACCUUCGGGGGAGUCAACGGUUCCCUCUUCACGUCGUCAAGGUUGUUCUUUGCCGGGGCCAGGGAGGGACACCUCCCCAGUCUUCUGGCCAUGAUUCAUGUCAAACGCUGCACGCCUAUCCCGGCUCUGCUCUUCACCUGCCUGUCCACCUUGCUCAUGCUGUGCACCAGCGACAUGUACACCCUGAUCAACUACGUCGGUUUCAUCAACUACCUCUUUUACGGCGUCACUGUCGCCGGGCAGAUUGUGCUGCGAAUCAAACAGCCGAACAUGCACAGGCCCAUUAAGAUCAACCUGAUAUGGCCGGUCAUUUAUCUGGUCUUCUGGGCCUUCUUGCUCAUCUUCUCGCUUUACUCGGAACCUGUGGUGUGCGGCAUCGGCCUGGCCAUCAUGCUCACCGGCGUGCCCGUCUAUUUCCUGGGUGUUUACUGGGACAACAAGCCCAAGUGCUUCGACGCAUUUGUCGAUAAGAUGACAUAUUUGGGUCAGAAGUUUUGCGUGGUGGUUUAUCCCGCUCAGACGCCGGACAACGGAGACGAGGGUGAGGAAAUGAAGGAGGCCAGGUCCCCUCUGUCCAAAGGGGACGGCGAAAACCAAAAACCGGCGGACUGCUGAAGCGACAAAGUUUGUACCACAGUUUGAUGUGGAUUUAUUGAUCAAUACGUGUACACCCUCUCUUACUGGAUAUGUUUAGAUGCAUCUUUUUUUUUUUUAAUCUCUGUGCCUAAUAUGCUGUGAUAUUUGUAAGAGCAAUAUCAACCCAGCAAGCCUUCAGCUGGGUUUUUUUUUUCAAGUGUGCAAUAAAUAGACAAGCGUGCUCAUCAUCUUCACACUCCUGUAAGAGAAACAUCUGAGGAUGUCUGGUUAUUAUUAUUAUUUUUGUUAAAUGGUUUCACUGUGAUGAUGUCUUAUUGUUUUUCUACUUUUCUUUUCAAUCUCGUAAAUUUCUGCUUUUUACACAUCUUCAAAACACCAAAUUUGAGUCUCUAAACCUUUCUUGUGAAGUAUGUGAAGCGCAAAUUCCAGAAUGCAUUUGUUGUCUUAUGAUUGUUUUUAUUUUGAUUGAAUUUUUUUUUGACCGAUUUUUUUAGAUAUGCUUAAUUUUCAUUUGCAUUUUAUUUUUACUACUUGGUCCUCCAGAGGCUUCCAGUGCAUAAUUGUUGUUCAGAUUGCUUGGAUGCCAUCAUGUGGCAAUUGGGUGUGAAGGAACUAUCCUGAAGUGAGUUGAGGGGUUUCAUGUUGACAAAAGUAAUCCUUUGCCACCAUCUUGUCACAUCUAUCGGCUAUUCCAAACCGUUUGAGGAGGGUGGCAAUGACGUUUUUUUUUUAACGUGUUUCUCUGUAUACCAUGCAGACGAUGCGUGAAUGCCUUAAUUCGUUGGCAUGUUGUGGCAUUUCAAGUCUACCGACGACUGAUGUGACAGAAACAUUCAUUCGUCUAUCGUAGGCGAUUUUAUUGUUAUUCAAACCAUGCAGAUAAUAGCCAGGAACGUUUUUUUGUUUGUUUAUUUUUCACCACUACAUUUGAAUUGUUUAUGCAAUUAACCCAAAUGCCGACCCCUGAAUGCUCUAUGAAUAGCAUUGAACGGAGAAGAUAAGGCAUUGAUUGUCUGGUCAAAAAUAUUUUUUUAACCAAUGAUUUGGUUGUUUAAAGUGUAGAAUUAUUAUGAGGUAAUUAUUCAUAGAAUUAAGAGUUAUAAAUGUAUAGCCAUCCAUUAUUUGAACCGCUUAUCCUAACGAGGGUGGCGGGCGAGCUGGACCCUAUCCCAGCCGACUUCGGGCACCAGGCGGGCUACACCCAAAACUGUUUGCCGGCCAAUCGUGGGACACACAUAGACAAACAACCAUUUGGGCUUGCAAUCACACCUGAGGACAAUUUAGAGUGAUCAAUUGACUUAUCGUGCGUGUUUUUGGAGUGUGGGAGGAAACCGGAGUACCUGACGAAAACCCACGCAGGCAUGGGAGGAGAACAUGCAAACUCUACACAGGAAGGCUCGAGCCCAGAAUCAAACCCACGACCUCUGCACGCCCAUACACAGACACACACACACACACGUAUAACAGGCUGCGCGACAUACUCUAUAUAUUGAAAUGAACACGCACUUUUGAAUUGAACCAGGUGUUUGAUAAUACAUUAUGCCCAACAAUGUUCAUCCUCCGCCUGUCGACAAUGUUUUCAUAUCAGCAAUAAUCACCUCGGUUUCUCAGGGCAACCCAGCCUCCUUAUCUACGCUGCCAAAAACAAAAACGCUAACCAUCUGACCAGGUGCUACUUUAAUUUGUAUAUGUCUCAGGAGUGCCCGUACCCCCCAAAACAUGAUGACGUGAAAUUAUAACCAAGGCCGGGCCAUUUUUGUGUCAGUUUCUCUUGUUUGAAUGGGGUCUUUACAGUGACAAUGCUGGGAUUAUGUGCCUAGUGAUAUUGUGUACACGGUCGAUUGUCUCCUAGCAAAUAAAACACUGACAGACGUA